AUGACGUCAACGGACAUGGUGGUUCGCGAAAGUACAAAUGUGACAAUGGUGUGCCGCGCUACCGGUUACCCAGAACCUUACGUCAUGUGGCGACGAGAAGACGGCCAAGAGUUUAACUGUAACGGUGAUACAGUAAACGUGGUGGACGGUGAAAACCUAACAAUAUCUAAAGUAUCUCGGCUGCACAUGGGCGCUUACUUGUGUAUUGCUUCGAACGGCGUCCCUCCAUCGAUCAGCAAGCGAGUCGUGCUCAUGGUGCAAUUUCCACCAAUGCUGUCUAUUCCAAACCAAUUGGAAGCUGCUUACAUUGGACAGGAUGUGACUUUGGAAUGUCAUACAGAAGCAUACCCCUCGUCAAUCAACUAUUGGACCACGGACCGAGGCGACAUGAUUAUAUCAGCGUUGCGUCACGUAAAUUUCAAGAUAGAAGGAGAGAGAUAUUUGAAAAUGCAAGAGAGAAAAAAAAAAGGAAAAUGGGAUCAGCAAAAUUUAAAAACUGCGAUGAACAAGAUUUUGUCCAAAAAAUGA